UUGAAGGCUUGUAUUUUUUUACUACUAUGCAUGCUUGUAGAAUUAUACAGUUUUAGAACCAUUAAAUCGUGUAUUCACACAUGGAAUCAAUAGUUGUAAACACUCCUGAGUAGUAAGUAGUACCUAUAGAUGUCUUAGGUAGUUAAUAUUUUCAAUAUUCGGAAUAAGAAAAUAUUUAAACGUCAUUAGGUUCUAGUCAAUACUGUGCAGUUUCCAAAAUAGUAGAAUAAAUAAAUGACCCAAAAGUGAUAUGGCCAGGCCAUGGAGAAGAUGACGUUCAGGUGAGUGUGGUAAUACUGCAACACCAAGAGAAUCAAAACAUUAGAGGCCAGGCUGACAGUGCUGAAGGGAAACAUGGCAGGAUCUAAGGAGCUGCCAGUCCUUGAUGCCCACCUUUCAAAAUUCAGCUAUGUUGGAGGAUACAAGCCAUCAAAGCUAGAUACAACUGUUUUAGCUUCAGGACAUGUUCCCUCCAGUCCUCCCAGUUCACUCCCUCACCUAAGACGGUGGGCAAAACACAUGGCAUCUUUCUCGUCAAGUGAAUGCAGUGCAUUCCCUUCCUUAUCAGCAGAAUAUAAGGUUGAUGAACAUCUUUCUGAUAUCUUACAAAAUAAUUUGAAAAUGGAUAAAGAAAUAGAAAAAGAUAAUGCAACCCAGAAAUUAAUGUAUAAUCAUGAAAAAUCUAAUUAUAUGAGUGAUAUGAGUGUUCAUUUAGUUGAUAAUCAUUCAAUAAUUGCUGUACAGAACAGGCAGAGCUAA